GCAAGGACAUCUGUUUUUCUUUUGUAUCCGUUGUGUAAACAUCAAAGUUCUUGAAAUAAUUCAUUGUCUCUCAAAACGCGUUCCUGUUCAGUUCAUUUAUCGGCCAACAGAGGCGCACCAUUAUCUCACAAUACUGAUGCUUUUUUACAAAUACAAUUUAGAUUUUACUCUUUCAAGAUACUUUGUUGAGGUUUAUAUACAAGGCGAUGCCUUUCAAGAAAGUUGCAGUGGUUACUGGUAGCAACAAAGGACUUGGUUAUGGCAUUGUGAAGGGUCUCUGUGAAAAGUUUGAUGGAGUUGUGUAUUUAACAUCGAGAAAUGAAACAAGGGGAAAAGAAGCUGUGAAACAACUAGAAUCACUCGGAUUGAAGCCUCUGUAUCACCAGCUAGAUGUUACUGAUCAGUCGAGUAUCGAUAAUUUGAGAAAAUAUAUCGAAAUGACACACGGGGGCUUGGAUUUGUUGAUCAACAACGCUGGAGUGCGUCUCAAGGGAAUGGUACCUUUUGAAAAACAAGCGGAGGAAACUAGCAAAGUGAAUUACUUUGGUGUUCUUAAUGUUUGUGAGGCUUUAUUUCCUCUGCUCAGGAAAAACGCUAGGGUGGUGAAUAUUUCCAGUUCUUCUGGUCAUUUGAGCAGAAUUCCUGCAGAAAAACUCAGAACGCAGUUUAAAAAUCCGGAACUUACGGUUGAUCAGCUCAAUAAGCUUAUGAACAAGUUUCUGCAUGAUACAAAAGCGGGGACGCAUAUCCAAGAAGGCUGGGGAGAAAUAACGUACGUCGUUUCCAAGGUAGGCCUAUCCGCUUUGACAUUCGUCCAUCAAAGAUUAUUCGACGAAGAAAUUCCCAAACGAAAUAUAUCGAUCAACGCUGUGCACCCGGGGUUUGUCAACACCGACAUGGUGGAUCAUUUGGGUCCUCUGACGAUCGAAGAAGGAGCGAGUGUAACUUUCGUAGCAUCAAAUAAAAUUAAAAUGAAUAGAUAA